AUGGCAAAUAACCCCAAGCACCCAUUGGAAGAUCCACCAUCGUCCCCAUCUUCAAGCGCCAGCAAGAAAGAAAUAGAGUCUGAAGAAGAAGAAGGCCAGCAUCUGCAUACCAUCUUUUCUUCAGAAGAAGACGAACCACCGAGAUCUGGUUUCAAGGAGGAUGUUUGUGGUUCCAGCGAGUCUCAGCUGACAGGGAGGAAGCGUCUCACAACCAACUCGGCGAUUUCGAAUUUCAAGGUCAAGAUUGGGACUCUAAAGAAGAAAUAUACAAGGAGUGAGAUGAGGGGUGGAGAAGCUUCUCUUUCGAAUCCUCAUGAACAAAAGUGUUUUCAGUUGUCAAAGGCUAUUUGGGGAGCUGAUGGGGUAGCUUUUGAAUGUUCGAUCAGUUAUAACAGCCAAUCGAAGGACAGUGAGAGGAGGGGAUUGACAAAGAAGCGUGACUUGGUCACUCCACGUAAGGGUAAAAGAGGAGAUACGAAGAAGGCACCACUUGUUGAGAAAGAAUCUACUGGUUGGGAUGAUGAAAGUUCUUUCUUUCUUGGUAUGGAUUUUCUGAAAGAGAAAUGGACCAAGGUGCCGACAACUGGGACUAAGAAGGAAACACAAGAGAAGAUGAGGAAGUGGCAUGCCAAUGAACUUGAAUGUCAAAAGUUUGAAGACAUGUUGAAGGUUAUGAGAGAUAAAUGUGCACGUGACAAGGUAGAGCUGUUGAAUGAGGUUACCUCUUUGAUCAUGGCAGCAGAUUAG